ACACCAAUCACGUCUCCCACCACUACAUCCAGUGAAAACGAGUUUCGCAGUGAUUCCACCAAUUGUCGUUCAGCGACAUUGUUUGUUAGAGAUAUCCCGUCGCUCACACACCCAGAUAGUAGAAUAUAAGCCUCGGCAAGCUUGAAGAUGUCGAUCACAACGCGGCAUGAGCUUCUGCUUUCUCUCCGAAGGCUAAGGUCCCGCUUUUUCCGCUCCAAGCUGUCGAUGUCCUUCAACAAUUGCUUCACAUUCAAUCGGAUGGCACGUUGUCGCUCGCGGUAUCGCUGUUGGUUAAUCCGGCACCGCUCCAGUCGCUUCGCGGGCGUCUUGGAAUUGGUUGACUCCUUUACGAAGACAGUGUGCGUGUUCGUUGGUGCGCGGCUUGUGCUGGGCUCACGGCAUCUUGUUGUCGGUGUCUUGGUUAUUUUCCGUUCUCCAGACGCGCCAGUUACCCUUGGAUUGGACCAAUUGACAAGGCUGCAGUCAAAAACAGGAGAUUUGGUGUCAGGAGGGUGGUAAUCGGCGUCAAUACCCAGAGAACAGUGCCGCCCUCUUUGAAAUCGGGGUUGAACGGGACCAAUCAGACUGUCCGUCAGUGGUCUCCGGUCGUGGCGUAGCAUUCUUCGUUGGGUUUCGAAGGGACUUCGUAUCGGGUGCGACGAAUUUGUUUUGAUGGUUGAAGACUGGUUCUUGAGCUGGAUUACGAGGAUAUGCUCUGUAGCCCACUGUAACGUAAUACAUGGGCGAAGGCGAACCAUAGAACUGAUAACAUGUGUUUCGCACAAAUGCGGAAUCAAUCGAGAAUACAAACAGUUAUCUAGGCAC